AUGGCCGACACUGCCAAUGGUUGGCAGACGGUAGUAUUACCGCACGCUCACAGUCGGGUCAGCCAGCUCGACAGGGCGCAAUUAGCUGCGUACGAGCGCCAGGCUCUUGACUUGUGGGCGCAGGCCGAGGGCGAUUGGUCUGGCUGUGGCAAGCACACAACAGACGUCGCGGAAGCAAAGAAACUCCACAGCAAGCUCAAGUCGACAAUUGUUCAGAAGCUGGGCCAAGGAGGUCAAGGUGAAGUCGAGAAACUCAACUAUACACACAAGAACCGUUCGGUUGUUUUGGCCAGGAAACGCUUGAAGGGAUUCGUCGAUAUACUCCGAGCGGAAGCCGACAACCUCGAAAGAUUAUGCCACGAUCAUAUUGUGCGAUUGAUCGGCACGUACAGUAACCACCGCAAAGAGCUUUAUCUGCUGCUCUGGCCCGCCGCCACUCGCGAUCUCGCAAGCCUGCUCAAUGAUCUGGACGACCUUCGAUUCGAUGGCGGCGACCGUGCCGAUAUCCUCGAACGUUUAGGAGAACUAGAACUCCGUGACACAAGCGCGAUCGAUCACCCAUAUGCGAUCCAGAAGCCUGAUAUUGUUAGCAGUGGCUGUCCCUUGGAUUAUCUUCGCCGCUCCAUGGGCUGCCUGACCGAAGCGCUCAAGUACUGUCACGACUCCAACAUUCGUCACCUGGAUCUGAAGCCCGAGAACAUACUCGUAAGCCCGGGCCAAGUCCAUCUGGCCGACUUUGGCAUCUCGAGAGACGUCACAGAUCAGGAACAUACCAUGACAUGCCAAGAAAUAGGGACGAAGAAAUGGUUCGCCCCUGAACGUUUCUCUCGUUCGGGGGGCUGGUCUAUGAAAACGGGCGGCGACAUCUACUCGCUUGGACUCGUUUUCUUGAACAUUGCAGCCAUCAUGUACGGAAUGAAGCAGUCCGACUUCUCCAACAUCCUGAAACAAGUCGACUGGAAGCUCAAGCUUGACCAACUCAAUUUGUUCCUCGAAAAGUCCGAAAAGCAAGCUCUUGCAACACAAGACUUUGCAGAUGCCCGAGCUCCAACAUACCGGCCAAAGCAUAUCAUCACACUGAUCAGGUCAAUGACCGAUGUCGACCCAGAGAAACGGCCCGACACGACUGGUGUAAGCAGGGAGCUUUACCGACUCGGCGGGUUAGAGCAAGUUUACUUUAAUCCUUGCUGCAAAGCAUCGCCCCGGGCUCUCACUCAACUAUUGGAUGAAGAUUACGCCAUAAUAUGCAACGAACGGAACUCACUGGCCAGAGAAAAUGAACGCAUCGGCAAACGACUCAACACUCUUGAAGCUGCCGUGAUGACUUAUGAUAUGAGGAUUCAAAACCAGCAACAAAAGUUUGCAAGAGACCUGGCACAUGUGACCAAGCAGCUUGAUGAAGCCAAACGGCGUAAUAGCGAACUAGAGACCAAACCUCAGCAAGGUCAUCUUCCCCGUCCUGGAGCAGCUCGCCCGAAGCUCAAAUCACCAAAUCGACAUUACAGUAACCCACCUGAACCAGUUGUCAAUACGGCCCAGGAACCCAAGCCGCGUCGACCAUCUGGGCCAGAUAUGCGUAAAUCGACGGGCUCUCUGCCCAAUUAUUCGCUUCGUUCUCACCCCUCGGCCUCUAGACUGCCACAGCCAAUCAACCCUUCAACACCAAGAAGAUCUGGGACGCCAAGCACCCCUCGUGAUGCAAACUUGACAGACAGCACCAUUGAUAGUAUGGCCUCAUCGCUGUUCAGCCGGCGUACGACUAGCAGUGGGUUAUCUCCGAACCCAAGCCCAAGUGCGUCCAAGAUUCUGGUCAAGACCAACAACAAUGAAUCAACCGAAUCCCGGGGGGCGGAAUAUGGCUUGGGAAUAUCCCAGGCUAUGAAUCCGGCACCCCAAGUCGCAAGCAAGACUUUCCUGUCUGACGAUUUACUCGUCGAAAUAGGCUCACAACAUGGAGGAUCAGUUCAAGACACUAUCAGUUUGGCAAGCGAAGAACAGUCUGAAUUUGCAAGACCUGCUAGGAAGCCCUCGCUUCCCGUGGCGAAGAGUUGGGCUGCUAUCGCUGGAGACAAGCAAGGACUUGCCGGAAUGCUUGGUGCGGCAGUUGCUGGAAAGAAAAAGAAGGCGCAAUGA